UCUAACAUAAACUCCUCUGAUUGGCUGGUAGGGUCAAUUUUGCUGUCCAAUGACAGCCUGUCUCUGCUUUAACUGGCAUGUGGGAGAGAGUCCAAAGUUGAUUGGUUGCCCACAUGGAGGAAUUGUCCAGUGGCAUAUUUUAAAUGGAUUUGCAAAUAGAUAAAGAAUAGUAAUUGAAAAAUAAUGAAAAACAAGUGGAAAAUGUUUAACAUUUUUGAUUUAUUUAAUAAGCAGUUGUACGUGUCUUUUAAUUUAGAAUUUAUUGUUUUAUUUUAAGUUUUGUACAGUUUUAAAUAUCUAUUUAUUUGUCCAUUUAAAAGCGAUUUAUUUAUUUACUAACAUUUUUUUUUAGUUCUAAUUAAAUCGUUAAGGUAUUCCUUAUUCUUUCAUUUUAUUUUUACGUGUCACUCCAAAACCCUCCAUACAUAAUUAUGUGACAUUUAGAAAUAAAAAAAAUAAGAUAAACAUGCAUUAAAAAAAAAAAAAAAAUUGGUCCAGUUUUUGCGCAGACAAAAUAGACUAUCUAGUAGGGGGGGAGAAACAAAAACAACAAUGGCGCAGAGCAAGAAAAAAUGCAGAUAAUAUUCCAUUGAGUACCUUAACUAUGUUUUCAUACCUUCUUCCAACAAUGUACAACUUCCAAUGUGUUUAUUGUGUGAACAAGCUUUUUCAAAUGAAGCCAUGAAACCUUCACGUGUGAAGGAGCACCUUAUGAAGAUUCACCCAGACAAGGAGCAUUCGUUCUUCCAGGCCCUCAAAGAGAAGCAUGGUAGGAGAACCAUCAGCAGUCUCUUCGCUAGAACUACCAGCCAAAAUGACAGUGGGCUAAUAGCAUCUUACAACAUCUCUCUGCUGAUAGCCAAAUGUGGACAGUCGUUCACAAUAGGCGAGAGGUUGGUGAUCCCUGCCAUCAAAGAGGUAAUCUCUACCAUUAUGGAGCGUGAUCCCACACAGGUGCUGAAGUCCAUCCCACUCAGCAAUGACCCCGUGGCAUGCAGGAUAAAUGAAAUGGGCGCUGAUACAGAGGAGCAGCUGUAUGACAUUCUUCGGGACUCUCCAUUCAGCAUUCAGCUGGACGAGACAACCACAUCUGACAACAACGCUCUGCUGAUGGCCUAUGUCCGCUAUAGGGCCUCUGACAUUGAUGAUAUGGCAGAGGAAUUUUUGUUUUCCAAAUAUCUGGAAACCAGUGGGGAUUUCUUUAAGACUGCAAGGGAAGCUCGGCUUCCCCUAUAAUGUCAAAAAAUGAAUGGUCAAAUAUGUACUAUUGUGUAAAUAUUUUAUUGACUAAAAAUGCGUUAGAACACGUUCAUCUCGAAGACGAUUUUGUUCAGAAUCAGCUACAUAUAGCAGGUCGGACUCGAUUUCCUUCUCAUACACUCCCGUAGCU